AUGGUUCAUGUCGCUAUCGGCUGCAGAAAACAUGAGAUGUUGAUUCUGUGGGUUUCAAUUCUGCUUUCGUUCGUUCGAGACUACUCUCUGGCCAUUAAGUUAACCGAGGUGCGAGUUCCCCGGCACGCGAUUAAGGAUCACACCGUGAGCCUCGAGUGCCACUACGAGAUGGAGGGUGAGGCAUUAUAUUCUGUGAAGUGGUACAAAGACGGCAACGAGUUCUACCGCUAUGUGCCCCGUGAUGACCCUCCUGUGCAGACCUUUCGGGUAGAAGGAAUCUCCGUCAACGUCCGAAAUUCCACCAACAGCCACGUGGUGCUAGAAACCAUAGGCCUAUCGUCCAGUGGCAAAUACCGCUGUGAGGUAUCUGCCGAGGCGCCCUCCUUCCAAACGGUUGACGAUCACGGUGAAAUGACGGUUGUAGUGUUACCCGACGCGGAUCCCGUCAUUACAGGAGCAAAGCCUCGUUAUCAGAUUGGCGACCACGUGAAGAUCAAUUGCACCUCGGGUCGCUCGAAACCGGCCGCCCAACUGACGUGGUACAUCAACAGUGAGCUGGUUGACCCCACGUACAUACAUUCGUACCCGACGAUCGUUUCCCUGACGCCGGAUUAUCUCGAGACCUCCAUCCUGGGGUUGGAGUUUCGAGUCAAACCAAAACAUUUCCGCCGAGGUGACCUGAAAUUAAAGUGCCUGGCCACCAUCUCGACGGUGUACGGGAAAAGCAACGAGGAGAGCGUGGAAAGCGACAAGCCCCAAAAGGCCCCUAUUCUGGAGUCGCGAAAAUCUGGACUCUCGUCAACAUCGCGAGCUGAUCGAGUGCAAGCCGAUAACGGAGCCAGUGUAACCUGCCAGUUUUGCCAUUCACCGUUCUUGACCUUCAUCGUGCUGUUAUGUGCCCUGCAAAAUGGUAUCCUUCGAGCCCUGAUUGCAAGUUAACUGUACCUAUGAUACCCGGCCAUGCUGCAGCCCCGUUGAGUGAAAGUUGUUGUAUUCCCGGAUUAGAGUUGCAGAAAAUGCAUAGAGCUUAUGGAGCUGGAACCACAUGUUAGAUGUUAAGUGUGCUGAUACUAAGGACGGCAUAUAGUCUUGGCCGCAGCCAGGCAGUGGUCGCGUAGUUGCAGCAGUUCCUUAUAGAAUCCUAGGCAACUUAAGACUCUUAUGAGCUCGUUAUCCUAGUUACGUACGAUCCCGACAUAUCGAGACGCACAUGAGCAGACUUUUUUCGAAGGAGACCGUUGUUGUACAUAUGGGCCACUAAUUUCAGGCAUUCUUGUUCACCCCAAGAAAACCCAAUCUCUUUCAACCGCCCACACGUUUCGUAUGCGCCCAAGUUUCGCAAGGGCUCGUUUGGCAAGGGUUGAGGGAAGAGCCAAAAGUUAGAUCAACUUAAGAUUGAUUCUGCAUGCAGGUUAUAAGUCGAGGCUAAAACUUCUACGUAGGAGCUACUAGCACAAAGGUAAAUGCCAUUGGAUCGAAUGCGAUCGCAAACCAAAUAUAUUUAUGAGCGUUAGACGUAAGAACCGUGUGCCACGACAGCAAACCCGGAAUAUGUUCUCACGGUGGUUUUCACGGUCAUAUCGGCCGGCACUGGGAGAGAAUAAAACACUGGUCGCAAGGUAACUUUAUCACUUUGAACUCUUAUCAAUCAUUGACUGUACAAAUAGGAAAUUUUGUAAAACAACCGUGGCAGAGUCACUUUUUUAACGCUAUCUACAUUCGUUGUACAUUGAUAUAGUCCUACGUGUAUAUUUUGUCUUAUACGUUGCAUGCCAUCUCUCAAAAUGACAA